AUGCCAGCCAGUCCACCUACGCCAGCCGCUGCGUUUUUGGUCCACUUUGAUAUGCGCCAGGGCUACCGCUUGGUGUGGUCGCGAGGCGACUUGGACCUCUCGGGAAUAGAGUACAAGGCGCUUCCCUCAGGCAUCCACGCCCACACAGCAACUACAGUCUACUUGACCCACGAAAGCAAGGGCCGUCUCUACUACGGGCUAGCGCGGUUUCGCCAGCUCAACGGCAACAAGUCCGGCGCGACAGAUCGCAGUCUAGUGAAGAUGUAUGCGGUGGGGAUUCUCUCGGAGCCCAUUUCAGGGCCUCAUUGGAAACCGGCCGAGUUUGCGUCGGGCGGCUGGGAGCACGUUCGGUCGCUCGACGUGCUGUUGCAGGCGUUUUUGAAAGACGAGAAGCCGGAGCACAUGGAGCAGCUUUGGGCGUCGUUGAAGAAAGAUGCCAAUGCCGACAUUCACAGUGAGAACCUCGACACGAAAACGGCCAAGCGUGACCACGAAACGGCUAAAGACGCCAGUAAAGACCAAUCGUCUCUGCUUGGCCUCGAUGGCUUAGAUACCCUGGCCCAUCCGACGGACCAUCCGCUCGCGCAGUUGCCUGCGGCUUUAUCUCUUGUGGGGCCGUUGAUUUUUCCCAUUUUCAAACGCAGCUUGUUGCGGCAGUCGGUGCUUGUUUUUGUGGGCGAGGCCGAGAGGGGAAACGAGGCGGCAAAGGAUGAAGACAAUGAACGAGAAAGAGAAAAUGAUCGAGAAAGCGAAAAUGAAAAUGAAGGAGAAGGAGGAAAUGAAAGAGAAAGAGGAAAUGAAAGAGAAAGCGAAAAUGAAAGAGAAAGCGAAAAUGAAUAUGAAAAUGAAGGAGAAAGAGCAAAUGGAGAAAGCAAUGUCACUGACAAUGACCAGGAGUCAGGAAGUCGCAGAGACUACGCAAAGGACGGAUCGGCCUCUAGCCCUAGUUUUCGUCUAGCCACAACGUCCCAUUCUCUCGCUUCCGCUUUGGUCUACCUUAUCUCGCUUCUCUCUGUCGUCCCUUCAGAUGUCCGCUUUGAGCCCCGGGACGACUCUCACCUUCUCUUCUCGCAACCUUUGUAUUCCGUGGGACUCCACGACUUGGACACAGGCCUUUUUGGCCAUCACAAGGGCUAUGUGGCAUGCACGGCCGACGACAUUCUCCGUCAGCAACGGCAACUCUACGAUCUUGCUGUCGUUUUACCGGCGACGUCUGCAGAGAGUUGCAAUGCUUAUACGAGCAAGAACGAGCCUGUUCGAGCAACGUUCAACGACUACGCCAAGUUCUGCCGUGUUUUUCGUCAGCUUCCUGAAAAACCAGGUGACGAUGUUUCUAUUCGUACGGCUACUUCUCAGACGGAACGCCUAGAACCGACAUGGUGGCUCCAUGAUGCAACGCUGCCCAUGUCUUGGAGGGAGUAUGUGUGGCUGGCUUUUGCCUGGUUUGCCAGCGCAGGAAGCACAAGUCGUGAGGAGACAGACAACAUGGCGUGGGAAACCCAACAGGAGACAGACGACCACCAGUACCGCCAGCAGUGGUUUCGCCAGCUAGCACAUGUGGUGGGCGGGUUUCAUCGGCUCACGAAAAAGUGGUUUUAUGUGGUGGAAGAGAUUGUGGCCGAAGCGGUGGAGGAACAGGGCGAGGGGGCUACGCUUCGGCUCACACACCAGGAUGUGGUGGACAUGGAGCUCGAUCCCUACGCGGAGCAGGAUGUACGUUUCAUUGAAGAGUUUGUCCUUCUUUACUGGGGCUCCGUGGUGGACGCGGUGGAAAUCGGCAUUGGUUUUGAGAACAUAUGCUGCUAA